AUGUAUAUUUUUAUAAUUAUAUCACCGAAUGGUUUGAAUAGCUCCAAUAACUUCAAGAAUCAUUAUUACCUUGAUAGAAAUAUUAGAUAUUUUAGUGUUGUUAAAAAUAAUAAUAGUAGUAGUAACAGUUAUCUAGAUAAUAAUAAUAAGGAUGAACGUUUGGAAUCAAAUGAAAUACUAAAGAUAAGAGAUGAAAUCAAAAAAUAUAAUGAUUCCUAUUAUAAUAAAUCACAAUCGUUGAUCUCUGACUAUCAGUAUGACAUGCUGUUCAAGAGGUUGGCUACACUAGAAUCACAAUUCCACCAGAGAUUCCCGCAUUCCAAGAUGUUGGGUCAAUCGCCACUCAACACAGUUGGAGCACCACUGCCACAGUCACAAUCAUCAAAGUCAAAGGUAGAGCACAGCGUUAGAAUGCUAAGUCUUAACAAUGCCUACAGCAUAGAGGAGUUACAAACAUUCGAAAGACGUAUAGUUGCCGAUUGUCUUCAUGAGUCAAGAGGAGGUGGUGAUGGUGAUGGUGAUCAUCAAAUUACUUUUACACUGGAGAGGAAACACGAUGGUAUUGCACUCAGUGCUAUCUAUGAGGAUGGUAAACUAGUGCGUCUGGUAACUAGAGGUGAUGGUAUUAUCGGUGAAGAUGUCACAGAGUGUGGCAAUAUCUUUAUAAACACUGGAUUGCCUAGAGAGUUGUUACCAGGAAGCAGUGGCGGUAGCAGUAAUAAUAGUCCAUAUAAAAAGGGAACAUUUGAAGUCAGAGGUGAAGUUGUACUCUCGAAACAACAGCUAUUGGAAAUCAACAGUAGUAGAGCUAAAGCCAAUCUUCCAUUGUACAAAAACACACGUAAUACCGUCUCGGGUAUACUCCGCGCUGGCAGAACAAUUGGCGAGUUUGAUAAGGACUUGAUAAAGUUUGACUUUUUCGCCUAUCAGAUGGUGAGUGGAGAAGAAUCACCUACGACAACAGCUAUUACUAGUCAAUCGGAGAGUCUUGCCGAACUGAAACGACUUGGAUUCAAAUGUGGUGAUAUUGUUGCUAUCAGAUCGUUGGCGUUGGUCGACCGUUAUAUCGAUCAAUUGGAGAUGGAACGACCAAGCUAUAAAUGGGAUAUCGAUGGUAUCGUUAUCAAAGUCGAUAGCUUGGAGUUGCAGCGUCGCCUCGGCGAGACCGAGAGAGCACCGCGUUGGGCAGUCGCCUACAAAUUCGGUGCCAGUCAAUACUUAACAACUUUGAAUGAGAUCGUCUUGCAGGUCGGCCGCUCCGGUAAGAUAACACCGGUUGCAAUUGUCGAUCCAGUCGACGUCCAUGGUGUAACGGUGUCGCGAGCGACACUCAACAAUAUUCAAUUUGUCAAGCGAAUGAAUCUUCGGCUUGGCGAUAGAGUCGUCAUUGAAAGAGCGGGAGAUGUCAUACCAUACCUAACUAGAUACAUCGAUGAGAACAACGCCGAUGGUGAUCAAGUCGACAACAGAGAGGAAAUGGAUGAUACUACGCUAGCACGAUUGUUCAAUCCUCAGUGUAACGACGGUAAAAUACGUUGUCCCUGUGAGAAAAAGUUGGAGUUGUUUACAGCCGACGAUAGUGCUGACCAUUUUUGUAUGGGGAGUGAAUGUACUCUACAAUUACAAGGUCAAAUCUUGUGGUUUGUUAGCAAAGAUGGAAUGGCAAUGACAGGUAUCGGUCCAUCGCAAGUAGAGGCACUGAUGGCUGCAGGACUGAUAAGUGAUGCAGGUGAUCUCUAUUCACUAAAAGACAAACGUGAUCAAAUGUUACAGAUACCAGGUUUCAAUAAGAAGAGGGUCGAUAAUAUCCUUGAAGCAAUCGAAACCAGCAAGCAACGUCCUUUCGAAUCGGUUUUGUGUGCACUCGGUAUACCUGGCUUUGGCAAAUCUCGAUGCAAAACAUUGGCGAAAUCUUUUAAAACGUUCGAUCAGCUAUCCAACACAUCUCUCGAGGACAUCACAAACAGAGUACAACUUGGAGAUUUAACGACCUAUCAGCUGUACAGUUUCUUCCAUCCAUAUGACAAAGCACAACAACUUGGAAUCGAUUCGUUAGUCAACAAACUUAAAUCCAAUGGUAUUGGUGUUGAAAUGAACAAACAAAAAUCUUUGAAAUCUAAAUCAACAAAAGCAGCUCAACAAUCUCAACAACCAUCAACACCAACAUCUAAACCACAAAAUAAAUCAUUACUUGAAAUGGUUGCUGGUAAAAAAGUGGUGGUAAGUGGAACGUUUUCCAUUGGAUCAAGAGAUGAAGUUGUAACGAUUCUCGAGCAAAACGGAGCGAAAUCACAGAGUAAAGUUAGUUCCGCUACAGACUAUUUAAUUGUUAGUCAAAAACCAUCGUCAUCUAAAGUCAAACAAGCCGAAUCUCUCAACAUUCCAAUUCUUUCAGAACAAGAAUUACAAUGUCAAGUCAAUAAUAUAAACGGACAUGAAUAUGUUCUAGUUGAAUACAAUGCAAAUUGGAAUGAUUCCUAUUCAUUCGCAUUAAAUGAAGGAUACUAUUUAGCUACUAUUACCACAAGUAGUGAAAAUGAUUUUAUUGAGAGUUUUUUAGGUGACUACCCAAACUACCCAUGGAUAGGAGCAAACUCUUAUAGUUCUGCUGAUUUUUCUGUUUAUUCUUGGAAAAAUGGACCGGAAUCGGGAUUGCCAAUGUACGAUAGAAAGAUUUCCAAAUGUUUUGGAUAUUGUAAAUUCUAUACAUUGGAGCCAAAUGCAAAUAAUCAACGUGUUAUCUAUAUUUGGCAUGAUAAGAGAUGGGAUGACUAUGAUAAUAUCAUCGAUCAUACCUAUUCUUUAAUCAUGGAGAAAGGAGGAGAGAAAGAUCCAGUGCUCAUUCCAACCGAUAUGGCACCAAGCAAUAUAACAAUUGUUAAUAUCGAUCCUACUCAAUUCAAUGUUGCUCUGAUAACUGUUACCUUCACCAACAGUUCUUUAGGUAGACCAGAUUUCAAUUGUACCAUUCAAUCAUUUACUACUACAUCAGUAACUUGCCAAACACCAUACACAGUCGGAGAGUACGAUGUUUUGAUAACCGAUCAAACUAAUAGUUUCUCUUCUAAAAGAUAUCAUCCAAAUUUACCAUUGAUUACUUCAUUAAUACCAAAUUUUGUAAAAGAUUCAUUGGUUACUAUUAAUGGACAAAAUUUUGGAGAAACAAUUGAUCUUGUAGAUAGAAUUUCAAUUUCAAAUUUGAAUGUUACUUGUAUUCCAAUAAAAAUGUUAGUUAGUGAUAGAUCUGUUAUUUGUAGAUUGAAUGAUACUAUUAUUCCAGAUUUGACUGUUGGAAAUAGUAGUAUUCAAUAUUCAAUGGUUACAAUAGUGAUCGGAGGUAUUAAGAUAUCUGAAGUUACAAGAAUUCCAACAUAUAAUAAAUAUUCAAAUAGUUUAAUCAUGGUAACUGGAUCAACAAUAGCAUCCUUUAUCAAUUACUUCCAAGCUGAAGGUUUCCCAUCAUACCCAUAUGCUCCUGUAAAUACAUCGUCAAUUGAUCUUCUUAGAGUUCUUUUAUAUCAGCUAUUAUAUUACCCAUCAAAUCAUCUUUCCAAUGGAUAUUUCUUUAUAUCUGGACCAUACACCAAUAGUUUAGUUAUCGAUAGUAAUGGUUUAAAUAAAGAUAUUAUAACUGGAAUUGCAAACAUUGAUAGCAAUAUUUAUGAUACAAUGAGUGAUUUAUCUACUACUAUAGCUUUGGAUCCUUACAGUUCUACACUAUCUGUAACUGGAUAUAAAUACCUAUAUGUAGAGUUUGACUUGUCUGUUGGUCCACCAGUAUUCAUGAGCGCAAACGAUUUUAUUUUCCCAACCUCUGGAGGUUAUUUUGAAAUUGGUGUAGAUAACAUGGUCUUACCAAGCAGUAAUUACACUCUAUUAUCUGGUGGUUUACAAGUAGAUUGUAGUUUAAUUCCGAAAAUAGAAAAAUCUUUAAUGGGUAUUCUUUUACUUUCCGGAACUGGCCAAAAGAGAAAUUUAACACUCUAUGUUAAUGGUCAGUCAACUGGAUCAACUCCUUUAAAUACUUUGGCAUUUAAACCACCUGUUAUCAACAACGUUCAACAAGAGAGAUUCAACACCACCGGUGGUUUCAUAACCGUUUUGGGUGAACAAUUUGGAAAUGACAUUAAUAAGAUUAUUGUAAAUGUUGGAGAUUCUAAUCCAUUAUCAAAGGCACUUAUAACACCACACCAAUCUAUGAUUAUAUAUUAUAAUUUCGGACCUCAACCUCACAAUAUUUCAAUCAAUGUUGAUGGACAACCAUCUAAUGAAAUACAAUUUAUACCAAGAUUUAUAAAAAUAUUAAAUGCUACAUCAAUUGAUAAAGACAUAGGAGGAGUUGUAACGAUUAAAGGAAAUGGUUUUGCCAAUCCAGUAAAUGUUACGAUUGGAGGUGUGAAUUGCACAAGUUUAGAUUUAAUAGACAGUCAAACAAUAACAUGUUUCUUUGAUGGAAGUGCUCCAUCUCCACAAUUAAAAGCAGGUUUACCAGUUAAAGUUGAUUGUGGAUUUGCUUAUGAUACAGAAUCAAUAUUCUUUUAUAUUGAUAAUUCGGCAUGUGGAACAAAACCAUAUUGUUCUGGAAAUGGAGUUUGUAUCAAUGGCAAUUGUAAUUGUACUUCUGGAUAUGGUGGUGCAAUCUGUGAUAAAACGGUUACAAUUGACAACACAACAAAACCUGAAAUUGGAAACAAUACUGGAUCGAUCGGACAAUUCUCUGUAUUCUUUACACAUAUCAGAGAGAUUGAUGAGAUUGGUAGUGAUGUUGCAAUCUAUCCAAUCACACUUGUUCAAUGGAAUACAACCGUCAACACAACAACCGUUACAACUGCGAUUGGAUCAAUCAACAAUCUCACCGAUUUCACAAUCAAUGUAACAUCCAUUAUAUUCUUGGAACAAACAACUCUUUGGUUUGCAGGCCAGUCACUUACAAUGGAAAAGAAUAGUUUUAAAUAUCAAAUAGAACUUUCCAACUAUCAAUUCCAGAAUCAAUUGAAUUCACUUCAAUUGAUCUAUGAAAUUCAAUCACCAAAAGAACAGAGUUGCUCAGAAUCAUCAAAUAGCUAUAACGAUGCCAAUAAGCUUUCGUGGAUUGAAAUUAAACUUGGAAACAAAGUAUUCUUGACCAAAUUUUCCAAUCGAAUGUAUAUUGAUAACCGUACAGUCGAGAGUAAUACAAUUCUUCUUUCAACAUCAGACAGCAUAUUCUCACAACCAUACUACAAAGACAAAUCAGGUGAUGACAAGAAUCAGCUGGUUGUUGCAAUGGUAAUACCAAAGUUUUCUGAAGCUAUUAUAGAUCCAAACUUCUCAGUGCUGGUUGACAAAUCAGCUGAUAAAGGUGGAUGCUCCAGUAGUUCAUCUCUUUGGUGGAUAUCAUUGAUAGUUGUAGGUGUUUUAAGUAUUGGAGGUGUAGCAGCUGCAAUAGUAAUUCAUAAAAGAAGAGCCGCUUUCUUAAAAAAGAGAACCAGUAUAUCAAUGAGUGCAAAGAUGAAAUCUAAAAAAUAA